AUGGGCAUGAAAAAGAUAUUUCUGGCGCUCACCGUUUGCAGCUUCUUCAUCAUAUUCCGAAGGGACUUCUGGUCGAGAAGCGGGCAAAGCUUUGAGGUUGACGUCGCUCCUGCCAAGGUGGCCUCUGCAAAGCUUGCAGAGUCAUUGAAGGUGGAAGAGCAGCGAAAGAGGACGUAUGCCUUUGUCCACCCAGCAAAAGCAUCCAGAAGAUCCUUUUGCGAAGCGGAGGGGUGGCACCUGGAGUGGUCGGACGAGUUCGACACUGGUUCCUUGAAUUUGACCGCUUGGGAGGUUGUCACCAGCGACGGUGGCUAUGACAACACCCAGCUACCGGUUGGAGGCCUGAAUGUCACAGCUUGCCGCUGUGCUGCAUGCCGCCAAGAGAAUGUGGUGGUGGACGACGGCAAAUUGCGAAUAACUUCAGAGCGUGACAAGGAGGAUCCCAACAGGUACUACUCCGCGGCGAUCUCCACGAAGGGCCGCUUGUCGUGGUCAACCGACGACGGCCCUUUCCGCCUCUGCGUGCGUGCCAAGUUGCCACUGAACACCCGAGGUGUGUGGCCAGCGCACUGGAUGCUUCCAGACAACGGCUAUUCUGACAGAUGCCUCGAUGAGGGGGAGAUGGACAUCAUGGAAAUGGUGAGCGGGGAUGGCAAAGCGUAUCAUGCCUAUCAUUGGAUGUCCAGCUGGCCUGGGAAUCAUUGCAGCGAUUUCGAGACCUUCCAUCGAUCAGUUUCCUCUAGUACUAUCGUACGGGAAUACCACUCAGACUUUCACGAGUAUGCGGUGGAGAGGACCCGCGAUGGGAUUAGGUAUGCCGUCGACGGCGUGGUGACUGGCACUUAUCGUGCCAUGGAGAGGGGUUUUCAGCUGUCGUCGGCACCCUGGUUCCUCAUCCUGAACACAGCGAUUGGAGGUGGAUGGCCUGGGUAUCCGACCCUCGAGGCAACCUCCAUGCCCGUGGAGCACGAGGUGGACUGGGUCCGCGUUGUGCGGCGCCGUACCUGA